GAGGGGCUUUGUGGGAAGGAACAUAUGAAUAAUUGAUGACAGGAGUGGCUGAAAAGACCUUAAAUAACCAGAUGAUUUCUGCCACUACGGGAUAGUCACAGUUCUGUCAGAAACCUUUGAGCAGGUGCGUAUUUCUUUGCACUAGCACACAAACAUACACAAAAUGGCCUACAAUACUGGUGCCAGGACCUUCAGCAGCCGUUCUUACAGUUCUCCGGGCAACAAAAUGAGUGUUUCCCGAGUAAACAGCGCCUACUUCCCCGGCAACAGGACUGGACCGUCUGGAAUCAGUGCUUCGUGGGCUACCCCAGUCUCCUCUGCUGGGAUACUGCUCUCCAACCCUCCCAACACCGAAAUAGAUCCCCGUUUCCACCAGAUUAAAACCCAGGAGAAGGAGGAGAUAAAAGGACUAAACAACAAAUUUGCAGAUUUCAUUAACAAGGUGCGUCACCUGGAGCAGCAGAACAAGGUUCUGGAGACCAGGCUGAAGAUCAUGCUAGAGAAGGGCGACUACAAGUCCAACAUCGACCAAAUUGUGGCCGCGUUUGGCAACAACCUGACGAGCCAGAGAGACAGGCUAAGCAAUGACAGGGACAAACUGGAGAAGGAGCUGGCUCGCACUAAGGCACUGGUGGAGGACAACAAAAACAAGUUUGAGGAUGAGAUCAACAGGCGUACUCAGUUAGAGAAUGAGUUUGUGCUCAGCAAGAAGGAUGUAGAUGAGGGCUACCUCCAGAAGGUGGAUCUGGAGAAUACCGUAGAGAGCCUGAUGGACGAGCUGGCCUUCCUGAAGCAGCUCUAUGAUGAGGAAAUCCGUGAGCUGCAAUCUCAGAUUAACAACACAGCAGUUACCGUGGAGAUGGACAACAACCGUGGUCUGGAUAUGAAGCAAAUCGUGGAGGAGGUGAAGAUGCAGUAUGAGGGGAUCGCAGUGCGAGGCCGAGACGAAGCUGAGCAGUGGUACAAAAACAAGGUGGAUGACAUGGCGGCUGAGGCUGGGAAGUACAACCAGGACUUGAAGGGAGUGAAGAAUGAGAUUGCAGAAAUGAUGCGUCUCAUCCAGAGACUCAACUCUGAGGCUGAGGGCUUGAAGAAUCGACGAGCCAAUCUUGAGAUGGCCAUUGGAGAGGCAGAGGAGCGGGGACAGCUUGCAGUAUCAGACGCCAAGAACCGUGUGAGUGAGCUGGAGGCAGCCCUGAAGAGUGCCAAGCAAGCCAUGGCCAAGCAGGUGCGCGAAUACCAGGACCUCAUGAACCUCAAGCUGGCCUUGGAAAUUGAGAUUGCCACCUACAGGAAGCUCCUGGAAGGGGAGGAGAGCAGACUGGGAACCCACCAGCAAGGAGGGCCCCGCCAGGACUCUCAACUCAGUGCCAUUGACCAGCUAGAUUUCUAAACCCCUGUGUGCCCUGCUUACGUAGAUGGCCUGGUGCAGUCCCGAAGCCUGGACCUCUCAAGAGCAGCACCCCCCAAGAAAGCUGUGCUCAUCAAAACCAUUGAGACCAGAAACGGUCAGGUGAUCUCAGAGUCCUCCCACUUCUCUGAGGACUGAGGAUCCCGACGAGCGGGCUGCUUCGUUUUUAAACAUGUAUUUUGGGGAAAAAAAAUCUCAGGUGGUGGUUUUUUUUUUUGGUUUUUUUUUAAGACUAGAAUAGCACUUGGAGUCAUAUUUUAUUUUUGAGCUUAGCCAGUCCAUACAUAACUCCUGCUGUUGAUUUUAUAAUUUCAUUAUUAAAAAAAAAAACCUAAAAUGGCUCAAGGUGCUAUUCAGUUGGACUUACACCCUGUAUAACACUCUUGUAUAAUGCUCUCUAUAGACUAAUAAUGCGAAAAUAUAAUCUACACUGUAGAAAUGUGAUAAACUUGAAUAAAUAAGUCGCUUGCAUGCUCUGCCUCGUCUGUACUAUUGUCUGUGUUGUCUGCCUUGCUCUGUAAAUGUACCAACAGAAUUGGGUACUAGAUGUCUUUGAUUCCACUUGAUCUGGGAAGUA